AAUAUAGAAAGUUGAAUCGUUAUUGAUAAUAAUUUAUUGCUAGCAAGCGCGCCUUUUACUCUGUAUUGGAUAUAAUAUAGUGUACAGUGGUUAAUAUUCAUUAUUUAAAUAAUGGAGACUGUAGCUGAAGUGAAGAAACCAAAGGCUGCGAAGAAGCGGUAUUCCAUCGUGUCUGGGAGCGACUUUUGGUCAUCAUCAGAUGAAGAUGAAGGAGUUCAACCUCAUGAAAAAGCCAUUGCAGCUGGACAACCAAAUCCAGCAUAUUGCGUCCGUAAUAUUGAACAGCAUGCCUUCGGAAGACGGGAGAUUGAGAUCGCUGAGCAGGAGAUGCCGGGGAUCAUGGCGCUCAGAGCGAGGGCCAAGGAUGAUAAGCCUCUGAAGGAUGCUAAGAUAGUAGGCUGUACUCACAUAAACGCUCAGACGGCGGUGUUGAUUGAGACGCUGGCGGCGCUGGGCGCGACCGUGCGCUGGGCAGCUUGCAACAUAUACAGCACGCAGAAUGAAGUAGCUGCCGCUUUGGCUCAUGCGGGCUACGCAAUAUUCGCAUGGCGCGGCGAGAGUGAAGAAGCGUUCUGGUGGUGCAUCGACCAGUGUUGUACUCCCACAGCGACGUGGACACCCAACAUGAUCCUCGAUGAUGGAGGAGACGCCACCCAUCUCAUGCUGAAGAAACACGCCGCGGCCUUCAAACAUAUUAAGGGUAUAGUGGAAGAGAGCGUGACAGGCGUUCACCGCCUGUACCAGUUGAGUAAGGCGGGCAAACUGUGCGUGCCCGCCAUGAACGUCAACGAUUCCGUCACGAAGACCAAAUUUGAUAACUUAUAUUCUUGCCGGGAAAGUAUAAUAGAUGCGUUGAAGCGCAGUACAGAUUUAAUGUUUGGGGGUAAGCAGUCGGUCGUGUGCGGGUACGGUGAGGUCGGGAAGGGGUGCUGUCAGGCGCUCAAGGCUUUGGGAUGCGUCGUGUACGUGACAGAGAUAGAUCCAAUAUGCGCAUUACAAGCCGCCAUGGAUGGGUUCAGAGUCGUCAAAUUAAACGAGGUGAUAAGACAAGUGGAUAUAGUGAUAACAGCGACGGGCAACAAGGGCGUGGUGACCCGGGAACACAUGGAGCGCAUGAAGAAUGGAUGCGUCGUCUGCAACAUGGGACACAGCAACACCGAGGUCGACGUACACGCACUGCGCACGCCAGACCUACUGUGGGAGCGAGUUAGGAGUCAGGUGGACCACAUAAUAUGGCCAAACGGCAAACGCAUAGUCCUCCUAGCGGAAGGUAGACUGGCGAACUUAUGUUGUUCCUCAUUACCAUCGUUCGUGGUCUCCGUCACCGCCGCCACACAGGCGCUCGCACUCAUCGAACUGUACAAUGCACCACAUCAUCGGUAUAAGGCUGACGUAUACCUAUUACCAAAGAAAAUGGACGAGUAUGUAGCCAGUCUACACCUUCCUACAUUCGACGCCCAUCUGACGGAACUUACGGACGAGCAGGCGAAAUACUUAGGCUUAAAUAAAGUAGGCCCUUUUAAACCCAACUACUAUAGGUACUAGCAGAGAAUAGCAUACCGUAACAAUAACGACCGACGGUGAAAUAUACCACGCAGUCGCCACGCAGUUGCCACGCACUCGCCACGCAGUCGCCCCGCAGUUGCGACGCAGGUAACGUUAGAGUUUAGUAAGUUUGCUUUGUGUAUAAACAAUGUUUAGUUGGAAUGAUUGUGGUGUUUUGUAAUUUGUAUGAUGAUAGUACUGUGUUAGCGGGGAUAUAGCGUUUUUGUUGCGUGAGCGAACGUUUUGGUAUCGUCAUGAGCUAAUGUUCACAUGUAAACAACAGCUCAUGUGGUGUAGAUGUCCAGUCAACAAGGAUGUA